CCGUCAGGGAUCACGGCCCAAAAAUUUCCAGCCUUUCGUCAACAGCCAGCGCGCAGUGAACCGGGUUCAGACGGUCAUCCAAAAUCAAAGAGCUGUCUCAUCAGCGCGCAAAGACAACCGCAACGUAUCCAGGCGCCUUUCCUUCCACGACCUUCACUUUAGUAUCCCGUCGCCAAAUCAACCACAGAAUUCUCUUGGUUCUCGAAAUAUCCAGCAAGGCAACAACACUUUGAUGCUUCGGUGACGUCGAAGUACUAGGUGCCUUGCCGCCCUCAUUGGCACUUCCCUUCUUUAAUCUGCCCCGAGCCAGGCUUCUUGGUUUUUGCCCGAUCGGACAAUUGAGACACGCAGCAAGGCUCUAGACACACGAUGUCUUUCACUCAGGCGACGCCAAUGCGGCCUGUGCCAGGCGCUUUCAUGAACACUCCUGCCGUCGCUUCCCGAUACGGCGCUCAACAGGACCCAACCCGGAGGCGCCUGUUCGCAGAUCAACCGUCAAAUGGAACAGGUAGUCAAAGUGCCCAUUUGGGGAGCCAGGGCCCAUUCGAUGCCCCCUCAGGCGGUAGCCAGGCUCUUGCGACAGUAUCAGGAGAAUCAAACCAAGCCGCGCCGCCAAGGUCACCGCUCACCAAGGCUGCUGGCUACAUCAACACCGCCCUAGCGCGAGAUGAGGCAUACCCGGAGCUCGAUACGUAUUGCAGACAGUCGUCUUCCGAAUACGAUCUUCCUCUCUUCGACUCGGCCUGGGCGCCAUUCCAGAAAACGCAAACGUACGAGAUUCCGCAAUCAGUGUUCGAACAGUACAACACGGCCGAGGUGUCGACUAUGAUGGGCCUGUUUGCUGAGCUGAACCAUGCCUGGGUCACCAUCGACAAUUGCAUUUACCUGUGGGACUACACGCACCCGAACCCCGAGUUGAUCGGUUAUGAGGACAAUCAGCACAGUAUCACAGCUAUACAACUGGUGACUCCGAAAGCAGAUGUAUUUGUCAAGGAAAUCACCCACGUACUGGCGAUAGCUACCACAUCGGAGAUGUUCUUGCUGGGAAUUGCGGCCGAGAACCAACCCAGUGGGGCCAAGACCGUCCAGUUAUACCAAACUCGAAUGUCCCUGGCCCUCAAAGGAACCGAAGUGCGUGAGAUCACGGGUUCCUCGAAUGGCCGGAUCUUCUUUUCCACCCAGACCGACACGGAUAUCUACGAGCUCUACUAUCAACAGGAGGAGAAAUGGUUCUCGGGGAGAACUGGAAAGAUAAAUCACACGUACCCGGGCUGGUCUUCUGUCGUGCCUAAGACGCCGCAACUCUGGGGUACCAGGACCAAUGAGUACAUCGUGCAAAUUGUCAUUGAUGACUCGAGGAACCUGCUGUACUCUCUUUCCAGCAACUCCACUAUCCGCACGUACCAUAUGGAGGCUCCUGAUAGGCUCACCAAGGUAAUUGAGAAGACAAAGAACGACUGUCUCCGCGAUAUCACACAUGCUCUCAGUGGCAAGUCGACCCUUCUUAGUGAGCGGAUGGACAUCAUCGCUAUUUGCCAUAUCACGUCGACUGAGGACGCCAAGGUUCACCUCAUGGCCGUGACCAAUACGGGAUGCCGUUUGUUCAUGAGUGCCGCGAGCGCAUCCUACAUGAUCUCAAUUUCGCCCGACCAAGCACCCCAGAGCAUGCAACUGCAUUCAAUCAAGUUCCCGCCCCCAGAGACAAAACAGACUUCGCCAGUAUCUCGCGACUUUUAUGGUGGACCGAGUGAUUACAUUGAAGGAAACUCGAAAUCGUUGUGUGUGACUCGAAAAGGUGUCAGGUUCGCCCCGGGAUAUUUCCUCGCCUUCGUCGACAAGGACAAUAGGGAUCAGCUCUUUAUUGCCGCCCCUGACACCGGCCGCAUUAAAAAUACCGGCCACCCCCAGAAUUUGCGCUACUAUGAGCAGGGCAAUUGGAUCGAGGUUGGAAGUCGAGCUGUUGACGUCGGUCUGGUCACCAAGCCAUUUGGAGCAACGAAACGGCCCCUUGGAUUCGGCAACGAGCUGGCUGUUCAGUUUGAUGAUCCGGCGAGCGAGAUCGCUAUUCUCACAAAUACGGGUAUACACGUCGUCCGGAGACGGCGACUUGUGGACAUUUUUGCAGCCGCCAUUAGGACCACCGUCGGCGAAGAAAUGUUAAAGGCAGAGAUCAGCAAAUUCCAGGGUCUCUGCGGCCGCGUGGAAAUGGUCACGACUGCGCUUGCUGUUGCUUGUGGUCAGGGCAACGACCAACGGCUGGGAACAGGUAGGGGCGCCAUGGAUCAAGCCACGGAAGACCGUGCAAGGCAGGUUUUCGUCAACUUUGGAGGUAACCCCAUGUUGCCCGAGCAAGAUGGCCAAGUACCCACCGUGGAAACCGUCAGACCUUCAUCACGUCAUGGUGCUUUGACCAGGUACCUCAGUCGUCUUAUUCGCACACUAUGGAGAUCGCCGGUGAUCAGAGUCGGCGCUGACGCCUCUGGGGCCCUGGCUAUCACCUCAACCAUCCCCAGCACCAAGCUGAUCGCAGUUCAAGAGAGCUUAGAGCGUCUACGAGCGUUCCUUGAGGCGAAUAAGAGUUUCAUCCAAGGUUUAUCUGGGCCGGCAGACCUGCAAAGAGCCGGCAGCAAACAGGAGGAACUCGCGUUCCAGGGGGAACACCAGGCUAUGCAUGCUUUGCAAGUUCUCAUGGCCGGCACCUCCGAGGGUAUUUCAUUCGUGCUGAUGUUGUUCGAUGAGCGAGUUGCAGAUAUAUAUACUCGGCUGGAUGACGAUUCGCGACAGCAACUUCGGGAACUUACCUACGAACGCCUGUUCUCUCAACAGGCCGGCAAGGAUCUCGCGAAGCACCUUGUCAAAGCUAUUGUUAAUCGCAAUAUCGAGAGCGGGUCUAAUGUCGAGACGGUUGCCGACGCUUUACGACGGCGUUGCGGCAGCUUUUGCAGCUCUGACGACGUGGUCAUCUUCAGAGCACAAGAGCAGUUGAAGAGGGCUUCCGAGACCGGCAUAAACCCCGCGAGUUCCCUAACCCUGCUGGCCGAGAGCUGCAGACUUUUCCAAAAAGUAGCGGGAAGUCUUACGCCCGCGAACCUCGAGAACGCUGUGGAACAGUACAUUGCCCUUCGAUACUUUGCUGGCGCCAUACAGUUGUGCCUCACUGUUGCACAUGAGAAAGAUCGAGGCAAUAAGGCGCUGUCAUGGAUCAACGACCGCAGACCGGCUAAUGACCCCAGAGCACGAGCUUUCGAGAAGCGCAAGCAGUGUUAUAUGUUGAUCCAGAACGUCCUCCACAAUCUUGACGCCGCUUGUGCCCACGAACCGGACACGAUCGACGGCAAACGGACAUUAAUCGCGAUUAAACGCGAUGAAGCUUAUGCAGUCGUCAACGAGUCGACAGACGAGGUUUUUCACUCCGACUUGUACGAUUGGUACGUCCAACAGGGUCUGACGGAUCGUCUGCUCAGCAUCGAGUCCCCCCAUGUCAUCAGAUUCCUGGAAACCCUGGCAGCCACGGAUGUUGGGCACGCAGACCUGCUUUGCAGAUACUACACGUUGCGCGGAAGGUUCUACGAUGCAGCAAGGGUGCAAGCGGAGCUUGCUCGGUCUGCGUUCCCCAUAUCCAUCAAGGAUCGCAUUCAAUUGCUAUCUCGAGCCAAGACCAAUGCUAGUGUCAUUACCACAGGCAUCGCAAGACAAGACCUCCAAAUGCUGAACCACGAGGUGACGGAGCUGCUGGAGGUAGCGCAUAUCCAAGACGAUCUUUUCGAACGGCUCAAGGUUGACCCCCGCAUACCGCCAGAGCGGAUUCCCGAGAUCGAAAGCACCCUCGACGGAGAAAUUCAAAGCCUCUCGGAUCUUUUCAAUCAAUACGCCGACAAUGCAGGGUAUUACGAUAUCUGCCUACUCAUAUACUACGCAGCCGACUUCCGUAACCCUACCACUAUCGCCCAGACCUGGAAUAACCUCAUCCAACAAACACACGACGAAGUCAUGACCUUGUGGGAUCAGCACAACAAUGCCCUUCGCACUCGCACUACGGUACCAGAGGACGCCCCGGCCCAGCCGUACGAGACGCUGUGUACUGUCAUCCAAGACGUACGCCACCGCGUUACCGACGAUUCGUUCAUCUUCCCCGUCCCUACGCUACUACCGGAAGUUUGUCGGUACUCCCUAGAAAACCAGCAGGACCGCCGGAUCAACGCCGAUCCCAGCUGGCCUGUCGUCCUAUUCCUCAACCUCAAUACCAGCCACGAUCUUGUUGUGCGGGUGCUGGAAGGUAUGUUCGAUGGACAAGAUGUGCCUUUCCGUGGCCAGGCACGGCUCCGGGUGGUAGAGUGGAUUUUGUAUGCCGUGCGGUCAUGGAUGAGAGAAGUGCAACGGAGUGGAAGGUCGGAAGGCUUGCCGCCUUGGGUUAGCGAGAUGCUCGCCGGGUGUGAAACUUUCAUGCUUUCAGCGAGAGGGGCCAAUGAUGGAGGCAUGGAAACACAGCAGCUGGCAAGGGAGGUCCGAGAAAUGAAGAGGAGCGUCGAUGGAUUCGCCGUUGUGGGCAGGGGCUCAUUUGCUAGUUCUAUGGGCUACUUGUGAGGCACCUGGUGAACAGACAACUGGGGGGGUGCUGUAUAACAUCCCGAAAAUCGGGUGGAAUGGUGAAACAACAGAGAAACCGAGCCAACUACUUAAAGU